UCUUAGCCCCUUUUUUCCACUUUCGUCAUCUUCUCCUCGGGAUCUGGUCCAAAAGACCAGCAGUUGAUCCACUACAAUUCCCAAGGGUUCAACUUUCAACUCUCUUUCUUUGUUUUUUCUAUUUCAAGUCUUCUUGUCUUGUCUUGUCUCUUGUCUUUUACCUUUUCUUGGAGAUCCAAUUACUUUUUUCCCACAAAUCCUUAUUCUUAUUUGCUCAAAUUCUACUUUAUUCAGAUCUGGUGCGCCUGCAAAUUAAGGUCAUAUAUAAUAUGAUGAAUUCGUUUUCACAUGUUCCUCCUGGAUUUCGGUUCCAUCCGACUGAUGAAGAACUUGUAGAUUAUUACCUCAGGAAGAAAAUAACUUCAACAAGGAUUGACCUACAUGUUAUCAAAGAGGUGGACCUCUACAAGAUUGAACCAUGGGAUCUUCAAGAACUAUGCAGAAUAGGGACAGAGGAACAAAAUGAAUGGUACUUCUUCAGCCACAAAGAUAAAAAAUAUCCAACUGGUACAAGAAGCAAUAGAGCCACAACAGCAGGAUUUUGGAAAGCAACUGGAAGAGACAAAGCUAUUUAUUCCAAACACGACUUGAUUGGCAUGAGGAAGACAUUGGUUUUUUACAAAGGAAGGGCUCCUCGUGGUCUAAAAUCUGACUGGAUUAUGCAUGAAUAUCGACUUGAAACUGAACCAAGUGGUGCCUCUCAGGAAGAAGGAUGGGUGGUGUGUAGAGUUUUCAAGAAGAAAAUGGCAAGCACGAGGAAAGAACGUGGGAAGCAGGAGUCACCAAAUUGGUAUGAUAAUAGUGAUCAAGUUUCAUUUAUGCCAGAUAUUGACUCCCCAAAGCAACAACAAAAUUACCCUUGCAAGAAGGAAUUACUGGAUAACUUGAACUACCAAAUCCCAAUCCCACCUCAUCACCAACAACAAUUUCUUCAGCUUCCUCUUUUACAAAGUCCUAAAUUUCCUGCAUCCACCUCAAUUUCAGUGUUUGGAGUUAACGUCGUUAACAAUAAUAAUAGUCAGGGUAGCUCUAAUUUGCAACAGUCCUCCGUGAUCACACGAGAACAAGUUGCUGAUGAUCAAGUGACCGAUUGGCGAGUGCUCGAUAAAUUUGUAGCUUCUCAACUUAGUCAAGAUGAGGUGGUCUCAAAGGAAAAUGAUCACUCAAACACCUUACAUGCUGCUAUCGAUGACUCGAAUUUGAUGGUUCAAGAUUUGAACAAACAAGAAAAUAAAUCCACGGCAUCCUCAUGUUCUCAGAUUGACCUGUACUGGAAGUGAAGUGAAGUGAAAUUCCAUAUAAGCAAAGUAAAUACUUAUCAUAGGAAAGUACAGUUACGCUCUUGUUGAUUAAAUAGCUAACUAAUAUAGUUUGUACAUAAUAUAUAAUGCUACUAAGAAAAAAAAAA